CUUGUGUUUCCGUGCGGAAGGGAAAUUUCCAAGCACCGGUGCAUCUCCCGUACGGAGCCGCCAGCGGCCUGAGACCGGGUUUUGGAGCUAUGGCGCUGGCAGUUUGCGGCCGUCUAGCGGGUAGUUUGCUGGCCGGGCAGUGUGUCCGGGCUGCCGGAGCUGCCGUGCUGUCUCGGCCUGGUCUCCAAUACCUGGGAUUACGGAAUUCUUCCAUACAGACGGGCCCCCUUCCGAAGACGUCGCUAACUCAACCGCCUUGGCCUGAAACUAAACUCCCAGAUCCAGUGGAAGAGGCAGAACACCACAAAGAGCUUUUACAGAACAUAAAUAACCUCAUAGCUACAAGACAAUAUGGCAGACUAUUCGCGGUCAUCUCCUUUUUAAGUAGACAAUGGAAAGUGACCAACGAAGACCUGAUUUUACUUAACUGCUCAGUAGACGCAGAAUGUGGAGAGAGAAUCCGGCUAGAAAAGGUCCUGCUCGUUGGCAGCGAUAAUUUUACACUCGUCGGAAAGCCUCUCCUCGGGAAAGACCUGGUACGAGUUGAAGCUACGGUGAUCGAGAAAACCGAAUCCCACCCAAAGAUUCACAUGAAGUUCUGGAGAAGACACAGAUACCAGAGGAAAAGAUGGAUUGUGCAUCCGCAGACAGUCUUGAGGAUUAACACGAUUGAAAUUGCUCCUGCUUUAUCCUGAGCGUCAGAAAUUGUAUCUUUAUGAUAAUGGUUAAUAAAAUAAAUGUUGCUUUCUA